AUGUCGCCGGACGAUGCGCAGCAUCGAUCCACGCGUUAACAACCAUGGCCAGUCUCGUCGCCAUCCUCGACCCGAAAGGCAAGUCCCUCAUACAACGAAGAUAUCGUGACGAUGUGUCAGAGGACUGUGUGUGGCGCUUUGUCCCUCUGCUUCUGGAGCUCGAGGACGAUGGAAAGAUGGAGACGCCGUGCCUCACGAAGGAUGGGGUCAGCUUUAUGUUCAUCCGGCAUUCAAACUUGUAUCUGCUGGCUAUCUCCCCAAAGAAUGCGAACUGCACGGAGAUUAUACUUUACCUGCAUCGACUUGUGCAAGUCCUCGUCGAAUACUUUGGUCAUCUGGAGGAAGAGGCCAUUCGAGACAACUUUGUCAUUAUCUAUGAACUACUUGACGAGAUGAUGGACUUCGGUUUCCCACAGGUCACUGAGAGCAAAAUGCUUCGAGGAUACAUUACACAAGAAUCUUAUAAGUUGGACAUGCAGCUAGCCCGGCCCGUCGCAGAUGUCACCAAUGCAGUAUCUUGGAGACCGCAGGGCAUUCACUAUCGCAAGAAUGAGGUCUUCCUGGACGUCAUCGAGAGCGUUAAUAUUCUCGCCAAUGCUGAUGGAAGAUUAGUGCGCUCAGAAGUUCUUGGAGCAGUCAAAAUCAAGUGCUAUCUCUCGGGUAUGCCUGAGCUCCGUCUCGGGCUCAACGACAAGAUCAUGUUUGACACCACCGGUCGAACUGCUCGAGGGAAAGCAGUCGAACUUGAAGACGUCAAAUUCCAUCAAUGCGUCCGGCUGUCCAAAUUUGAGAGCGAACGAACGAUAUCGUUCAUUCCGCCAGACGGAGAUUUUGAUCUGAUGUCGUAUCGUAUCUCGACGCCGACCCAGCCACUCGUAUGGGCUGAAGCCUCCGUCGAGCAUAAGGGCAGCAGAGUCGAGUACCUGGUCAAAGUCAAGGCGCAGUUCAAGCGACGAAGUUUUGCGAACAACGUCGAGAUUCAUGUGCCAGUUCCAGACGAUGCAGACUCGCCUAAGUUUAGGGCAGGAGCCGGGUCUGUGCAGUACGUUCCAGCGGAAUCAUGCUUCGUUUGGAAGAUGAAGAAACUCGGCGGCGGGCAAGAUCACAUGAUGCGAGCGCAUUUCGGGCUUCCCAGUGUGCGCAGCGUGCAAGAUGGCACGAAUAAACGCGUGCCCAUCACAUGCCGCUUUGAAAUUCCCUACUUCACGGUCUCGGGCAUUCAGGUUCGCUACCUGAAGGCAAUGGAGAAGAGUGGAUAUCAGGCCUUACCUUGGGUACGGUAUAUUACGCAAAACGGAGACGAUUAUAGUUUGAGGACUGUGGAGGAGAACGGUGGUGCGCCGCUUGCACCUAUAUAACCACCGCUUUUCUAGUCUCUGAUUGGCCGUGGGAGGAUGGGUCGGGUGCGACAUGCAUUCAAUACAAGGCUACUUUGUGGACGUACGGGAUUGUUUCCGUCUGAGCCUGAAUACUG